AUGCUUUUCUUGAAAUUAGCAAUUGCUGCUGUCCUAGCUCUCACGGUCUCUACCACCCCCACUCAAACAGAAGUAGUUACUACUGAUGCAGCCCUGCAAAGACGAGCUACGGCGACCAAAAUCUUUGCAAGGAAACAUUAUCAAUGUGCCGAUUGUGGUCAAUUGCAAUGCGAACAAAUAGAUUUGACUUGCAUUAAUAAUGGUUGUUGUACCUGA